AUGAUAAAGGAAUGUCAGAAUUGUAGUGGAGAAAUAUCAGAAUUGAUGUGGAGAAAUGUCGGAAUUGAUGGUAAAAGAAUGUCAGAAUUGAUAAUAGAGGAAUGUCGAAAUUGUAGUGGAGAAAUGUCAGAAUUGAUG